AUGGACCAACAAGCCAGGCUUCUUUCCUUUGGCUGCAAAAACUAUGGCCCUCUCCCGUUCUGUCCCGUGCAGGCCGACCUUGCGCUUGAAUCUCUCGACUUCGACGUCAACAACGAAAAUGGCCCUCUUGUCUUGGGUACUGUUUUGACUGCCCCGAUGAAGCCUUUCGAUGCCCUAAAUACCGGUAAACUUGUUAGCCCACGUCCAAGCACACAGGAAACUGCCAUGCAGGAAACUGGCACACAUGAAUGCGACUCGGUCGAACCUUGCAGGUUUGCUCAUCAACGUGAUGAGCCCGGAGUCGGCUUCAAUGGUGACUUUGUAUCCAAGGUAAAAGCCACCAGUGACAAAAUCACAGUUUAUUCCUUCGACAAGAAUGACGCGGAUGAAUACUUUCGUGGGCUCAUUAAAACUGAGCCAGUCAAAAAGUGGCUUGAAGGCAAGCGAUGGGCGGUACUAUACAUGGUCGAUCGUGUCCAAGUGGCCAAGGGCCUUGAGAUUUCUCAUUCGACGGAGAUCCAUUUGAAAUCAAAGCUGGGUUCCGACGUGAGAGAACAGAUGAAGCAUGUCCUCGUUCCUAAGUUGAGCAAGGAGGUUACUGUUGGAUAUGGGCUUCGAAAGUACCAGCUCUUCCGUGUUGGAUUCUCCACUGAUAGUGAUUGGAAGGUUACAUCAGAACAGUUGGAUUUCAAGCUCAAUCGCAUCAUUGAGGAGGCCUCGGAUCAUUUGGUUGUGACCUCCGCUGAUACUGGGUGA